AUGGCAGAUCCCUUCUCGGGAUUCAGUGUAAAGCGAGGCCUGAUCUCCCUGGCAUUUCUUCUCUUCCUCCUCCUGGAGAGCAGCACCUCGAGGCAGGUGAUGGUGAUGAAGAAGAAGAUGCCUUACGGUGGACAAGAGGAUGCGAUGGAGAUGGAGAUGGAGAUGGAGAUGAGCACAGAGGAGACCAGGAGGCUGCUGUGGGCUGCUUCAGGGAAGAAGUACAUCAGCUAUGAGGCACUCAAGGGGGAUGUGGUGCCCUGCACCAAGCUCGGAGUCCCUUACUACAAUUGCCACUCCUUCCCAAGUGCGAACCCUUACAACAGAGGUUGUCAGGUCAUCAGUGGCUGCAGGGGUGACAGCCCUUAG